AUGCCUCCACGGUCCCGCGAGGAAUUCGAAAUUGCGAUAAUCUGUGCCCUACCUGUGGAAGCCGAUGCGGUGGAAGCGUUAUUCGAUGAAUACUAUGAUAUUCGUACAUACGGCAAGCAAGAAGGGGAUGACAACACGUAUACCACAGGAAGGAUCAACAGCCACCAUGUCGUGCUGGCCGUUAUGCCAGGGAUGGGAAAUCGGAGUUCUGCCAGCGUUGCCCGAAGCUUGCGAAUGAGUUUUACACGGAUCAAACUUGCUCUAGUGGUUGGAAUCUGCGGCGGGGCACCAUAUUCAACAGAUAAGAGGGAGAUCAUCCUAGGUGAUGUGAUCAUCAGCGACAGUGUCAUCGAAUACGAUUUUGGCCGACAAUAUCCUGAUGGAUUUGUACGGAAAAGUGGUGUUAAAGAGACACUUGGACAGCCUAAUCAAGAGAUCCGAUCUUUCCUAAACGGUUUACGGACUUCCCGGAGACAAGCUCAUGUACAACAGCAAAUCGCUCGUUAUCUCGAAGACAUCCAAGGACGCGAUGAUGAGAGACACUGGAGUUAUCCCGGUGUCCCGCAAGAUAUACUGUUUCCCGCCACUUAUCGCCAUAGGCAUUAUGAGCCAGGCCCUGGUGUGGAAUGCGCCUGCUUUGACUGCCAUUCUAGCCAAGACCCUGUGUGUGAGCUAGCGUUAAAGAGUGACUGUCAACGACUUGGUUGCGCGGGGCAGUCAAUUCGGCGACAUCGGCUUGACACAGAUAUACCAGAGGCCUUUAUUCACAUAGGUACAAUCGCUUCGGCGAACACAGUGAUGCGAUCAGGCGAGCAUCGCGAAAGACUGACCAAAGAUGAGGGCAUCAUUGGAUUUGAGAUGGAAGGCGCUGGAGUAUGGGACAAUCUACCUUGUAUUAUCAUAAAGGGUGUCUGCGACUAUGCAGACAGCCAUAAGAAUAAGGCAUGGCAGCACUAUGCUACAGUAAUGGCAGCAUGUUGUGCUAAGGCUUGCUUGACGUACUGGGUAGCAGGUCUUCCGCAACAGCGACAAACAUCAAGUCAUCCUAAGCCAUCUUCAACGGUCCCCUUUGAGAGAGAUGAAGUGUUUGUUGGUCGAGAAGAUACUAUUAUGAGUGUUAAUCAGGCUGUUGAAGAAAGAAUUGGGCGGACCUCAAGGCGUGCCGCGCUCGUUGGCCUAGGAGGGGUAGGAAAAUCUCAAAUAGCGAUCGAGUAUACGUACCGUGUUCGAGAAUCGACGCCUAGCACAUGGAUAUUUUGGGUUCACGCUAGUAAUAUGACGAGAUUUGAGCAAGGGUACCGAGAUAUUGCAACCGUAGCAAAGAUUCCUAGAUGCGAUGAUCCAAAAUCUGACAUCCUCCACCUGGUCUAUAUAUGGCUAUGUGAUGAGAAGAACGGCCGUUGGUUAAUGGUUCUGGACAAUGCUGACGAUAUUGAUACCUUUUUCAACAUCUCCAAUGAGCACGUACCGCUAGUGGAUUAUUUGCCUCGUGUUUCACACGGAUCGAUUUUGAUUACAUCACGAAACCAGACGGUAGCACGGAAUAUAGUGGAGCCUUCCGGUCAGGUGAUACGAGUGGAGCCAAUGAACACGCAUGAUGCCACUACCCUAUUGCGAACCCGCAUCGAUGUUAAAAAGCCAGAUGAAGAGAAGGCUCGAAUGCUAGUACAGACACUUGAAUGUAUUCCAUUAGCGGUUACACAAGCUGGUGCCUACAUUUCAAAUCGCUCAUCUCGAAUGGACGUAUCGACUUACUUGGACCUUUUUCAGCGAAGUGAAUCUAACCAAGAGCGUCUUCUAAAUUAUGACGAUGCUCAUGAUCUCCGACGAGAUCGGAGUAUCCGACAUCCGGUCAUCACUACAUGGCAGAUCUCAUUUGAUCAGAUCCGCCAUAUAUCUCCGAAAACUACAGACCUACUGGCAUUGAUGAGUAUGUUUGACCGACAAGGAAUUCCAGAAAAAUUAAUUAGCAAAGGGAUGGAUCAAUUACAAUUCGAGGAUGUAAUGGCUCCAUUGAUGAGCUUUUCUCUCGUCCAGGUCGAGAUUGGAGGAAGUUUUUUCGAGUUACACCGACUUAUACAAUUAUCCACUCGACAGUGGCUAAAAAAACAAGGACUGUUUCAUCAAUGGGCAAGACGAAGUCUGCGAGUGAUGGAGAUCGUGUUUCCAAGUGGAGAUUAUGAAACGUCAGCGUCUUGUCAUAUGCUCCUUCCACAUGUGAAAGAGUUGAUCCGUUGCACUGAGGAAUUACACAAUGACAAGGAAUUGAAUGUGCCGAGAAUAUCUAAUCGAUGUGGCUGGUAUUUGUACCUUAUGGGAAAAUAUGAGGAGGCCGAAGCCAUGCAUCGACGAGCACUUACCGGCAGAGAGACAGUGCUAGGCACUGAACAUCCUGAUACACUGACCAGUGUUAAUAAUCUGGGCUUGGUGCUUGAUCACCAGGGGAAAUAUAAAGAGGCUGAGGCCAUGCAUCAACAAGCACUUAUUGGUAGAAAGAAAGUGCUAGGCGCCAAACAUCCUGAUACACUGACCAGUGUUAAUAAUCUGGGCUUGGUGCUUGAUAGCCAGGGGAAAUAUAAAGAGGCUAAGGCUGUGCAUCAACAAGCACUUACUGGUAGAGAGAAAGUGCUAGGCACUGAACAUCCUGAUACACUGGCCAGUGUUAAUAAUCUGGGCUUGGUGCUUGAUCACCAGGGGAAAUAUAAAGAGGCUGAGGCCAUGCAUCAACAAGCACUUACUGGUAGAGAGAAAGUGUUAGGCGCUGAACAUCCUGAUACACUGACCUGUGUUAAUAAUCUGGGCAUGGUCCUUGAUCACCAGGGGAAAUAUGAGGAGGCUGAAGCCAUGUAUCGACGAGCACUUACUGGCAGAGAGAAAGUGUUAGGCGCUGAACAUCCUGAUACACUGACCAGUGUUCAUAAUCUGGGCUUGGUGCUUGAUCACCAGGGGAAAUAUGAGGAGGCUGAAGCCAUGUAUCGACGAGCACUUACUGGCAGUGAGAAAGUGUUAGGCGCUGAACAUCCUGAUACACUGACCAGUGUUAAUAAUCUGGGCUUGAUACUUGAUUACCAGGGGAAAUAUAAAGAGGCUGAAGCCAUGCAUCGACGAGAUCUUACUGGCAGUGAGAAAGUGCUAGGCGCCGAACAUCCUGAUACACUGACCAGUGUUAAUAAUCUGGGCGUGGUGCUUCAUUACCAGGAGAAAUAUGAGGAGGCUGAAGCCAUGUAUCGACGAGCACUUACUGGCAGUGAGAAAGUGUUAGGUGCUGAACAUCCUGAUACACUGACUGGUGUCAGUAAUCUAGGCUCAGUGCUUGAAAUCCAAGGGAAAUAUAAAGAGGCAGAAGUUCUGUAUCGACGAGCAUUGGCUGGCAGAGAGAAAGUGCUAGGCGCUGAACAUCCUGAUACACUGACCAGUGUUAAUAAUCUGGGCUCGGUGCUUGAAAAUUUGAGGCUUGGGCACUAG